AUGCUGGACGAACGCGAGUUGGCCAUCAACCCUGUCGUGCAGGAAAGCAUGAUGCACAAUGCGAGAACUGUCUCCAACAUCCGCUCCCUGACUGCCUCCCUCUUUGGCGUCGCUGCUGGCACUCUCGGUCUCGAGUCUUUUCCCGGCUUUCUCUUCUAUGCUCUCGGCUCUCUGCUUGUCUCCCUCCUCAUCUUCUCCUUCCGCGCCAAUGUCCUAGCAAAGUCCUACUUCCACUCGCCCAUCGCUGACCUGUGGAUCGGCGACCUCUUUGGAGGCCUCAUGAGCUUUGUGCUUACCUGGACUCUCUUCUACGGUCUCGUUCGCGCAUGA